CCCUAAAUCCAUCGAGACCUUCUCAUUGGUGCGGCACGUGGGUUCAGCUCUGUAAUGAUGAGAGAGGCUAAGCAGAACAGCCGCAGCAACAAGUGUCCGAGUGAUAGACCUAAAACUGGAAGUACGAGGUGUUUCGGACAUUACAUAGCAGAGAUGUCGUAUGCGCUUGUUUAGAAGCUCACAGGAGAGUGAUUACUGAGAACCAGCACAUUUUGGGACAAACUGAAGACUCUAGGAGCCCUUUGUGAGCCGGGUGGGCGCCAUGGAGCUCAGCAGCAGUGCUGAAGAAAGAGAACUAAGUUCACAGUUUGUGGAGGGAUCCGAUGAUGUGUUUGGCUUUGGAGAUGAUCUGGAGCUGAACCAGUUCGAUGGUCUGCCCUACUCCUCCCGAUAUUACAAACUUCUGAAAGAGAGAAAGAGCCUCCCAAUCUGGGGAAGCAGAGGAGAAUUCAUUAAGGCCUUAGAAAGCAAUCAGCUCAUCAUCGUCUCAGGCACGACGAAGACUGGAAAAAGUACACAGAUUCCCCAGUGGUGCGCGGAGUUCUGUCUGUCAGCACAGUAUCAGCAUGGUGUGGUGGUCUGUAGUCAAAUCCAGAGGCAGCAGGCCGUAGACCUGGCCUUGCGUGUAGCUGAUGAGAUGGAUGUCAACAUUGGCCAUGAGGUGGGCUACUGCAUACCACUGGAGAAUUGCUGCUCCAGUGAUACUAUUCUCAGGUAUUGCACCGACGAUGUUCUACUCAGAGAGAUGAUGUCAGACCCAUUACUAGAGCACUAUGGGGUGGUGGUGAUUGACCAGGCCCAUGAACGCACAGUGAGCACAGACCUUCUCCUUGGUCUGCUUAGGGAGGUUCUCAUCCAGCGUCCAGAGCUCCGGGUCGUGGUGCUGUCUGUCCCCCCAGCCUCAGACACACUGGUCGCGCACUACGGGGGUGUUCCCCACCUGCAUGUGGAGGCCACAGGCUCUUCUGAGGUGGUCUACAGCAGUGGAGGCAGAACAGAGAGCUUCUGUGCCGCUCUGAGGCUCGUUCUGGAGGUGCACAGGGCCAAAGAGCCAGGGGACUUGGCUGUUUUCCUUGCCUCGGAACAGGAGGUCGGCUGUGCCUGCAAUCUUCUGGCUAAAGAAGCAGCCAGGCUAAGCAGUAAUCUUGGGGACCUGGUGCCAGUGGCUCUGUGCCCGGGCCAUGCCGGGAUCUGCCCACCAAUCACCGAAGGACAGAAUAAAAGCAGGAGGGUCUUUCUCUCCUGCAGCCAGUCAGAAGACAUGUUUUGGUCAGUGGGCACAGUGAAUUUUGUGAUUGACACUGGAGUGGAGAAGAGAUAUGUGUAUAACCCACGUGUGAGAGCCAAUUCCGAGGUGAUCAGACCUAUCAGUAGAUGUCGGGCGGAGAUCCGUAAACAGUUGUCGGGCUCAGCAGGGAAGUGUUUCUGCCUGUACCCUGAAGAGGCUGAGCUGCCUGCUGAGAUUCCUGCUCGGAUCCUGGAAGCGAACAUCACCUCCGCUGUGCUCUUCCUGAAGAGGAUGGAGGUGGCUGGACUCGGGCACUGUGACUUCAUCAGCAGGCCAGAUCCUGAAGGCUUGAUGCAGGCUUUGGAAGAGCUGGAUUAUCUUGCAGCGUUGGAUGAUGAUGGAAACUUGUCUGAGAUUGGGAUCAUAAUGUCUGAGUUCCCACUGGACCCACAGAUGGCCAAGGCCCUGCUAGCCUCCUGCGAGUUUGAUUGUGUUAACGAAGUGUUAACUAUUGCAGCAAUGCUAGCAGCUCCAAGCUGCUUUGUGGAGCCCCCUUUUGGCAUGGAGACAGAAGCCAUGCAAUGCCACAAGAAGUUGUAUCACCCAGAGGGAGACCAUUUCACUCUGAUCAACAUCUACAAUGCUUUUAAAUGCAGUCAGAGAGAACCAUAUUUCACGCAGGAAAAGUGGUGUCAGGACUACUUUCUGUGCUCUGCGGCUCUGCAGACCGCAGAUGCCAUAAGAGCUGAACUGACUGACAUACUGAAGAGGCUUGAACUCCCACUCUCUGAGCCUGCUUUUGGCACCAAGACCAACACCUUGAACAUCAAGAGAGCACUGCUAGCUGGCUACUUCAUGCAGAUUGCUCGGGAUGUGGAUGGCUCGGGAAAUUAUUUCAUGUUGAGCAAUAAGCACGUAGCGCAGAUUCACCCUCUUUCUGGUUAUGGCGCAAAAGCACAAAAGCUUGGUCUGCCCGAGUGGGUGCUGUUCCAUGAGUACACGCUGUCCGACAACAACUGUGUCCGCACGGUCACACAAAUCUCCCCUGAGGUGUUCAUUCAAAUGGCACCACAGUAUUUUUUCUACAACCUGCCCUCUAGUGAGAGUAAGGAGCUACUGCAGCACAUUAUGGACAAUGAAGGGUCUGGGAGCACCAAGAGAAGACAGAAGAAUCAGCCUGUCGUCACAGAGACACCAAAAGAAUCGGAAGAGUCCCAGUCUUACGACAGAUGUGUGAUACAGUGAUUAUGAAAAGGCAGGUCUGCUGUGAACUCUAAAGCUUGUCCAUGUGACCUGCCAAACCAGACUGCUCCAGACAAAAUAUGUUGGCCCACAUGCUGCACAUGAGCAUGUCAGUCGUCAGUCAUGGGAGUGUAAAUGUCACAUUAGAGACGUUAACGUCUACAUCUUAAGGGUUUUCAGGGAUUAUAUGCACACUUCUUUCAAAAAUGCUGAUGCAGUUUUAACAUAUGAGCACACAGAAAAGGGGGGCUGAUCCUAGACCAGCACUUAGAGAUACAGCACAUGUUGGGCUUAUUAGCACCCUCAAACUUGAAGCAUACUGUUGUAAAUAUGGACUGUCAAACAUUUUGUACCGCUGCCCAUAAAGAGAGUAAUGACAAA